AUGAUUAAUCAGAGAAAAGUUUGGAUUAGAUCAGUUAAAGUUUGGGUUAGAUCAGUUGAUGUUUGGGGUUUAAAUUGGAUGAAAGGUUGGGCUGUUGGGCUGUGCGUUUUGUUAAUGGGACUGAGUUGUGUUAGGGCCGGUGGGAGGGAUGUGGGUGUGGAAGUAAAUGGAAUUAGUGUGCCACCUUUGGAAUUACCGGGUUUGGCUGAUAUGACGGCAGACUUGACCUGGAUUGGGUUUGCUUGGGAUACUGAUAGUGAACCUAUGGAGAUUAAUCCGUAUACCCCUCCUGCUCAGUCGCUAGAACCUAUUUCGGAGCUUAACCCGACACUAAACCCCAUUAAUCGUAUGCUAGAACUGGUAUUUAGCACACACGUUCACUUUGCACUACCUGAAUAUUCAGAUGUGGAGGCUGCUACGGCUGCUUUAGAGUUGCUAAGAAAGAUUGCUGUUAUUAGGUUGUUCUGGGGUAAAUGCGCUUAUGUUACUUACACGACGUCCAAUCUUGAUUGCCAUCAGAUCAAUAUGGAAAUACUAUCAAGAGUUGUCAAUCUGUUUGACUGUACAACUCUAGAACUUUGCUUGAAGCCUCAUUUUGUGUCGCAUAUUAGAGAGUUAGAUUUGGGGGCUUGCCAGAACGAAGCUCAGAAGACGGUUGAUCAGGCUACUUAUAAUUUGCUGUGUCGACUUAAGUUUUCAACCGAAUUGAACAAUGGGCUCCUCGCUCUGAUAAACUCUAAUGUUGUUUUGUUGCGGCCGAUUUCAGGUGUUUUCUUAGUAGAUAAUGAAAUAGAUGAUGCCCCUCUUCUUAGCCGUUUGCCGCUGAAAGAUGGUUAUAUGCUCUACUUUAUGUCUUUGCCUAGCUUUGUCGUUAUUGAUUUGAGAACUCUUCAAUCCUCUCAAAGUACUUGUAGCCAGAUCACGAUUGAAGGUUUUGAUGGCACUGAUUUAACGAUAGUCGGCCUGGAAAAUGCUGCUGAUGAACACCCUGGGAUAGUUCUGGAAGCCGAAUGGCAUUCUCUUAUGCAUCUGUGCAGUAGCGAUAAUAUAUCUCGAAUUCGAGUUCAUACUCUUGUAGGUAUUGAUGUUGAGCCCGCUAAUAUAUCGGCGAUGCUUUCUGCCGGUCAAAGAGAAACGCCUCAAGAACUGCGAAUUAGAGCUAUCGAUGCUAUCACCAUAAUUCUACCCUGUGUUUCUUGUCAAACCUUGGAGUACUAUAAACAUAUCUAUACCCGAGAAGCCUACGAGAAAUUUGGCAUCUGGGUUAGCGAGGUCAAUAUCAGGUAUGCGAGUGAGCGAACUGAUUUGUAUGACACCCUAGAUACAUUAGUCAAAAUUGGCGCUUUGUCAGAAGUACCAACAAGUAUUCUAGAGGCAGAUAUUGUAUGCUGUGGCCACGCUCUCAAUGACUCAGACUGGGAAGUUCACGAAACAGUUCGCAUCCAAGUUAAUUAUCCCGACUUACAUGUUCAUUUCAAGAAUUACCAAAGCCAGCACUAUGUCUGUUUUUGCCAGAACAUACGCUAUACAACCAUUGAACUCAACGGCGCCGAAACGCCAUGCAAGGAGCAGGUAGAGAAAUGCGCGCACAUUUUAACUCAAUUCUGGUGCAUCAGGGCCAAAACGCUUAAGCUCAUAAAUAUCCGAAAUGGCAAUCAAAUCAUCGCCAGCUUUAGCCCGGAGACUCUAAACACGGCCGAUGCCCAGGCCCCCAAAUGGGGUCUCUAUGCUGAUACUUUGGUCUUUGACAAUGUUGAUGACCAGAUUGUCUACUGGGUAUUGGGACGUUAUUUCUUUGGCAAGCAUAUCAAAAUAGUCUUUAUGAGCCAGCACUUUACCAACAUGGCUAUUGCCCAAUAUCUUUCUCAUCCAUGCAGUCACAUGGUCUCAUCACUUGUGAUUACUGACUUAACUGAACUAGACGAGGUCAAGUACUUCAAUCAGCAAGACAAAAUCAAAACAUUCUCCUUGUUCAAGUAUAUUGAGGAAGAACUAGCCAAGGGCACUCCAAUAGAGAGUCUCGGUCUGCACAAACUACUUGUGCGACUGAAUAAUAUAGACGUUAGCCUAUAUAACGAUGUUUUACGCGCAUUUUGGGGCUAUGGUAUUAUGCCUCUGGCCAUCCCACUCGAUGCCUACAUUGCAUUGUCUUCAACCAAUCCCAAGAUUAGUCCUAUGUGCAAGGAUGAGUUUACGCUUUAUGGUGCCACCCUAAAAUCCAUCAAGGCUGAUCUAAGUAACUGUCGCGCCAGAAGACAGACGCAGUCAAUCCCCGACCAGUCUCAACAGUCGCAAUUACUUCCCUUCCAAAAACAAUCCGUUAAGGCACUGAUCCUUCGGUUUAAUGAGAUCCAUUCCUUAGUCGAAGCGGAUUUUGUGACCAUUAUACGAUGGAUAUCCUGUCGAUUUAAGGAUAUUGCCAGUAUCUGGCUAGAAAAUGUUGAAAUGUUACCCGAAGUACGGGCUGCUAUAACCGCCCGCGAUUACUUGUUCAGUAGCUUGACUUCCCUUACUAGCAUUCGAAUGGAGUCAGCCGUACCGGGUGAGGCCUCCAUCGAGCUACUAGUCCGGUCGCACCAUCUUAGUUUGGUAGCAAGUACUUCUAAUCCAGUCGAUGCGGUUAUUGCCAUGCAAUCUACUUUGUUGUCCCAACUUGCUUGCCAUCUUACUGAGCUUAAUAACUACAUUUCCAACCGCCCUACCACCGAGAUAACCAUUCGAAGAAUUAUAAACUAUAUCACCCACCAGCCACCUCCGCUGGAAUGUGUAGUGUGCCUCCAACCCUUUAUUAAGCCACAAGACGAAGACAAAAAGCAAGAUGACGACGAGCCGCCUGCAAAGAAACCCUGCUUCGUUGCCAAUCCAGAAAUGCUGGCGUUAAGUUCACAUCUUACUGUGAAUUCAGAGAUAUAUCUCUCAAGAGCUUGCUGGUUCGCAUGUGGGCAUCCACUAUGCAAUGGCUGUGCAAUUGCCAAUAAGGCGCUGCCUGAUAACAGAUGCCCCUCUUGUCGCCAGUCAGUUAUCUAUGAGAGUAUUCGUCAGCUUGUGAGUGCUCCUCAAUCUAUCGUUGUCUUUGCCACGGACAGUCUUGGCAACACCAAUGUUGAUUGCGAAUGGCCUACGUCGAUGACGUAUUGGGAUGACCAAGUGUUGCUCUAUGUUACUUAUAGAGAUGGAGCUAACUUUGAUAUCUCGGCUAAUACUGAAAUCGCUUACAACAAUACCCACUCAAUCCAUAUCAUUUGA